AAAGCUGCUGACCUGACCCUGGGGACAGCAGGUUGUCGGCCAACCAGGAUCUACUCUCAGAACCACACUGUCCUCUUUGACUAUGGACUCCAUGAGUGAGGCAGCAGGUUGCAGAUGACUGGAGAUUUCCUCAUCUACACCACCCAUCUGAACCACACCCCAGAGUAUCAUGGAUCUGUCAUUGUGAGAACGAAUGGAGCUGUCGUUCCCAUUGAGUGUCGGUAUUUUAGGAAGGGCAAUGUGUCCAGUGACCCCAUCAAGCCCACCUGGAUCCCAUUCAGCUCCACCAAGUCUGGAGAAGGGCGUCUGUCAUUCUCUCUGUGCCUAAUGAAUGGUGACUGGCUUACAGAGCGCACUUUGACUGUCUACUACCUGGGUGAGCUCAUUCACAUUGAGGCCUCUGUUUCAAUGACCAACCACAUGCCCCUGAAGCGCUACAUUGACCACUGUGUAGCUACAUUGAUCCCAGACAAGGACUCCACCCCGAGAUACAGCAUCAUUGACCACAAUGGUUGCCUCCUGGACAGCAAAGCUGAGGACUCCUUUUCAACCUUUGUGUUGCCAAGAAACGAGUGGGAGCUGGACAAGCUCUGGUUUGACCUGGACGCAUUCCGUUUCCUUCGAGAUGACUGUUCCUUGAUUUUCAUUACCUGUCACCUGAAAGUUGCUCCAGUGGAUCAGAGGGAUUCCAGGAACAAAGCUUGUACUUUCCAGAAGGUGCAGAAUGUCUGGACCCCAUUGGAGGAACCAAGCAUUGAUAUUUGUACCUGUUGCCAUGUGCGUAACUGUGGUGCAAAAAAGGGGUUGUGGUUUGGUUCCAGAGGAAGGAGAGAUCUUGUACCUGAAGCUGAGUUCAGCAAAGAGAACCACUCACCGUUUGUCCAAAUGGACCAGCUCACCUGGUGCAUGCCACCUUUAACCAGCCCUAAAUCAGGUGGCACAAGUUUCCCAUUCACCGCUGACUUAAUCUUGAUGGUUGGACUUAAUGUGGAAAAGUUGUAA